AUGCCUUUCACUGCAUUCAAGACACCCGAUCCUUACAAGUACCUUAACGGCUUCAAUUCUUAUCACGAGACCGAGGCCAUACCUGGCGCCCUUCCGAUUGCACAAAAUUCUCCACAAAAACCUCCCUACGGGCUCUACACGGAGAAACUCUCAGGUACGGCAUUUACGGCUCCGCGUGCAACUAACAAGCAAACAUGGCUGUACCGAAUCCUCCCCGCCGCUUCACAUACCCCCUUCAUCCCCGUCUCAGCGGCUUAUGGGGGCUGCCCGGCCCCCUCGAUGUACCAGUUCCACCAGAUUCCUAACCAACUCCGAUGGGAUCCUUUCGACCUUGACGAGUCGGCGGAUUUCAUCCAGGGGCUACAUAUGAUUGCUGGUGCCGGGAAUGCGUCCAUUAGAAAUGGCCUUGGGAUCUAUGCUUUCGCUGCUGGGAAGGAUAUGGAUAGGAGGGGUGCGUUUUACAACGCGGAUGGUGACUGGUUGAUUGUGUUGCAGGAUGGAGAAAUGGACGUCCAGACGGAGCUUGGACGAUUAUAUAUCCGCCCGAAUGAGAUACUGAUUCUCCCCCGAGGUAUCCGUUUCCGGGUAUCCCUUCCCGCCGGACCUAUCCGGGGCUAUGUUCUCGAGAUCUCCACAACUGGUCACUUUGAGCUCCCCGAGCUCGGUCCGAUCGGUAGCAAUUGUCUCGCUAACCCGCGAGACUUUCAGGUUCCAAUCGCAACCUUCAUCAGUACCCCACCAGACCCCCCAAACUCUUAUACCAUCACCUGUAAAUUCAAUGGGGGGCUUUUUACAGCGACUCAACCUCACACUCCUUUCGACGUAGUAGCCUGGCAUGGUACCUACUAUCCUAUGAAGUACGACCUGGGAAGGUUUAAUACCAUCGGCUCCAUCUCAUACGAUCACCCCGAUCCUUCGGUUUUCACAGUGCUGACAGCGCAUUCCUCAACUCCGGGGACUGCAAUCGUCGACUUUGCCAUUUUCCCGCCCAGGUGGUCGGUUGCGGAAGACACCUUCCGCCCGCCAUGGUUCCACAGAAACAACAUGAGCGAGUUUAUGGGGUUGCUAUCCGGCCUUUACGAUGGUAAGACAUCCGGCGGAUUUAAACCCGGCGGUGCAAGUCUUCAUAACAUUGCAGCCGGCCACGGUCCCGAUGCCGGGACCCACGAGAAGGCUUCUGAGGAUCCACUGAAACCGACAAAGGUGGGAGAGGGUGCAAUGGCGUUCAUGUUUGAGAGUUGUUUCAUGGUGGGUGUGACGGAGUGGGGGUUGAGGACUUGUAGGAAGAUCCAGGAGGAUUAUAACACGGAGAGCUGGGGUAGGCUGAAGAGGAAUUUUUCGCCUCCAGAGGGGAAGUGGGGGGAAGAUGAGAGUGGGGAUAGACUCGUCGUUACGGUAUAGUGUCGCUGUCUCCUUGGUUGGACGCGGUGAUGAGUAAUGCGCAUUGAGGCUGCUCGCUUGCGAGCUUCGGUAGUUUGUGCUUUAAUGUUGCUGGUACGCUUGUACGGUAGUUUAUCAAUACUCAUUGGUUCAGCUA